AUGGUGAAUGCCCUAACUGGAGACUGCCAGUCUCCCUUCCUGCAGGAGACGCUAUUUCCCACCGUCGGGGGAUUUGUCGACGGCCGCUAUUGCCAACAGGUUUCGCACGGAAAUACUUCGAUAUCCUGCUGCUUACCAUGCCCUCUUGAAGAGUGGCGAUAUGAUACCAACCUGAAUGAUAAAAUCGGUGUCGCAAGCUGGAUCAGCGUCGCCAUCCUUCCUCUAGGGCUCUUUUUGCUAGUCUCCUACAUCGUGCUGCCGGUCAAAUGGACCCAGCGUCAUUACCUGACUAUUUGCAUUACAUUGGGAAUCUGUUGCAUGGAGGCAAGUCUCGCCUUCAUUAUUCCGCUCGGUGCCAAACCAGAACAAUGCCACAAUGCAAUCACCCCUAAUGAUAUGCGCUCCAAUCUCUCCUGUGCCUUCUCUGGAUCACUUCUUCUAUUUGGAGGGUGGGUUGUGGUUAUGUGGAGUUUCAUCCGCACCUUGGGCUUCCACUUGCAAGUGUGCUGGGAAGUCGUCCUAGGCCCGAAGUUCAUGUGGGCAGCCUUUCUCUUCGGAUUCGGCAUUCCAGCAGUCGGACUGACGGUGAUGCUGAUCUUGACCGGGGUAUCAUUUCGAUUUGGCGAAAUGUGUCAUAUCAACAUUUCGAACGGAUUAUACGACUACUGGAUUCCAAUGAUGAUUUUUGCCGCCGCGGCCCUCUUCCUCCAACUAUCGACAAUCGCCUACUGCACCCAUAUCUAUCUUCGCUCCUUCUUUGACAAAACCAGCUCAACAGUAGCCAGUUCUGGCGCCCUUCCCUCUUACACAUCAAGUGUUCGCACCGUAUCAGCCCGACAGGCCUACCGACGUGUGCGCCGCGUCCUUCAACUGCAAUGGCGCGGUAUCGCCCUCGUCUUGAUCAUCCUCGGCAACGUGAUUUUCUUCGCAGUGAUCUUCAUCAAUCUCGACAAUGCCGUCGCCCCCACCGCGAAAAACAUGGAAACCGCAGCCCCCUGGCUUGAAUGCCUCGCCAUAACCAGCGGCGACAGGGAGCGAUGCCGCCCCUACGCAGCCGCCAUCGGCCCCAACGAAGCAACCCUCCUCGCAGUCGUCCUUCUCCUAUCCUUAGUGGGCUUCUGGAACUUCAUUCUCUUUGCCCGGCCGUCCAUGUUCGCCGGCUGGAUCGAUUACUUCUGGGGCAGCCGACGUGGCCUCGAAUUCGUCUCCGCAGACCCGCACACCCGUUUCGCCGAUAGCAAGGGCUUCGAGAUGCUUACCGCGACUGUCCGGUCACCCAGUACAAUUGUACGGUCGCCAAGCCCUUCGCGCAUGGCCGGACUCAGCCGCAGUCCCCUCGCCAGCCCCGUGGGUAGUCCCACCUCCCCCAGCCCGACGUUCGAUUACAAUGUCGCUCGCGAGGCUCGCUACGUCCGUCCCUCGAUGAGUUUCUCCGGGCCUAGGCCGCCUAGCUCGUUACAUACUUCACAUAAUUCCCGCGAUUGGGAUCCUAACUCUACAUUUGCGUCGGCGUACGGGCGAGAACGAGAGUAA